AUGGCAGCCGCCCACCCUCUGGAAGAAACAUAUCGUUUUCCAAAAAAUCCUCAAAUGGGGAUUUUUUUAUCCAUUAUUCGGUAUAUGAAUGGCAAUCACGUGAUUUUCCGCGUCCGUUCAAAUCUUUCUCGAGACUUUUUUUCUGGUUUGUUGUGUGGGGUUUCUGUUGCGAAGCCAUUCUGUAAACAAUUUUCGCGUUGGCAUAUCCGCCUGGUUUGGGGGAAGAUGCUUUUAUUUUUUUUCCUUUUGCCUUUUCGUGGGGCAAUUAGAGCCCUAUGCGCAUCAAAAAAUGCCAUACCUUUUAAAAAAGAUGGAAUUUCCUUCAUUUUUAUGUUCAGGGAAAGCCCAUGUUAG